AUGUUCUACGAUUUGAACAUCCCGUGGGCAUCGAAUGACCUUCCUCGAACACUCACCUUUCUCGAUGAUCUUGGAUACAACGUGGUAGCGCUCAACCAUACAGUCAGCGGGAAACUACCUUCCAACUUGAGCUGCCCUAUACCAGAUCCUCUCCCAUACAAGGACCUGCCCGCGAAGCUGACGAUCCUACGACGCUGCACACUCGUUCUGACCGAGACUCAUCAGAAUGCCCGCCUCACCGAGCUCAGUCGCAACUACGACCUACUCGCUGUCCGACCAGUCGACGAGAAAACGUUGCAGCUCGCAUGCAGCAGCCUGGACUGCGACAUCAUCAGCCUGGACAUGACACAGAGGCUCCCAUUCUGGUUCAAGUUCAAGAUGAUGAGCGAGGCGAUCAAGAGUGGCAAGCGCUUCGAGAUCAGCUAUGCUUCGGGGGUAAUGGGCGACAGCGGAAUGCGGAGGAAUCUGAUCAGCAACGCUACCCAGCUCAUCAGAGCUAGCAGAGGACGAGGCUUGAUCAUAAGCUCGGAAGCGAAGAGCUCUGUUGCUUGCAGAGGACCGUGGGAUGCGAUCAACCUGGCUGCGGUGUGGGGUUUGGGGCAAGAACGAGGUUAUGAGGCUAUGAGCAAGGAGUGCAGAAGUGUAGUGGUGGCUGCUCAGUUUAAGCGGACGAGCUACAGAGGAGUCAUCAAUGUCGUUUACGGUGGGGAGAAGCCUGCUGCUGCGACAGCCGAGAAAGCCGAGAACGCCAAAGGCAAAGGGAAAGGGCAGGUGAAUGCUCAGAAGAGGAAAGCGGAUGCUAUUGAGGCGACCGAAGGUGCUGCCGCUAACGGCGAGGAUGUCCGACCGAUCAGCAAGAGACAGACGAAGCGGCAGCAGAAAGAGGCGAAGUUGAAAGCUGCUGCAGGUGAUGCCGCCGCUGGCGAUGCGGACGUAGGUACGUGA